AUGAAGGACGACAACGUGGAGGACUGUCCAGUGUGCCUCACCACCUUUGACGACACCCUCAGGCGGCCACGCACUCUGCCCUGUGGCCAUACAGUGUGCUCGCCGUGCAUUGACGGACUGAAGCAGCAGGAAGACUGGCCUCUCUGCCAGCCGAGCCAGGGAAGCAGGCAACACUUCAUCAGUCACUUGUUGAGUUACACAGUGGUACACAGUAUUAAACUAAUUACAAACACUUACUUCAAACCACCAUUAUCAACACUCCUGCCUAACUUAUUUACCACAGGCCAGGCCUUCACCACACGUCCCUCCGUUUGCACGGUGCCACACACACACACACACACACACACACACACACACACACACUGCCGUGCUGUGUUUCAGGUGGCAGAGGCAUCGCGCGCAGCCCUGCAGGCCGCCACCGCUGCCGCCGCUGCCACACAGGCAGCCCUGGAGGCAGCGGGCACUGCUGCUGCAGCCUCGGGGGACUCCAGCCUCCCAGCAGCCUGGCCCGAGGCCUCCUCCAUCGCGGAUAGGCUGAAGGCUCUGCUGGCGCCGCCCCUGACGGCCGAGGACCUGCACAGCCUAACGCAGCGUGCCAGGGGCCUGGUGGAGGCUGGCCGUCUCUUCGCCGUCCACGCCGUGGAGGGACAGACUCGGCACGCAAGGAUCAUCCUUGAAGACGGCGGCCUUUACCUCCACUCCCUGCAGACCCAGGCCCUGCCGAACCUCACCGCCACCCUGCAGGUGGGUCAGGGCGUCGCGCCCCGCCCUGGUGCCACCACCGCGUGGCUGGAGCGAAGGGGACUGCCCGUCACAACACUCACGCACCCGUUCUCACCCUUACCCUCCCUCACCUUGUCCACCACACCCUGCCCCUCCGCCAGCCACUGUCCCUCCCUCCCUCCCUCCCUGCAGGCCCACACUCCCUGCCCUGCCCCUCCGCCAGGCACUGUCCCUCCCUCCCUCCCUCCCUCCCUGCAGGCCCACACUCCCUGCCCUGCCCCUCUGCCAGGCACUGUCCCUCCCUCCCUCCCGCCCUCCCUGCCUGCAGGCCCACACUGCCCGCCCUGUCCCUCCGCCAGGCACUGUCCCUCCCUCCCUCCCUCCCUCCCUGCACUGCCCCUCUGCCAGGCACUGUCCCUCCCUCCCUGCCUGCAGGCCCACACUGCCCGCCCUGACCCUCCGCCAGGCACUGUCCCUCCCUCCCUCCCUCCCUGCAGUCCCAUACCCUCCCCACACUCCCUGCCUUUCCCCUCCGCCAGGCACCGUCCCCCCCCAUCCCUCCCUCCCUGCAGGCCCACACCCUCUCCACACUCCCCAGCCUGCCCCUCCGCCAGGCACUGUCCCUCCCUCCCUCCCUCCCUCCCUCCCUCCCUGCAGGCCCAAACCCUCCCCACACUUCCCGCCCUGCUCCUCCACCAGACAGUGUCCUUCCCUCCCUCCCUCCCUGCAGGCCCUCACCCUCCCCACACUCCCCGCCCUGCCCCUCCGCCAGCCACUGUCCCUCCCUCUCUCCCACCCUGCAGGCCCACACCCUCCCCACAUCCCCGCCCUGCCCCUUCGCCAGCCACUGUCCCUUCCUCCCUCCCUCCCUCCCUCCUCCCUGGAGGCCCACACCCUCCCCACACUCCCUGCCCUGCCCCUCCGCCAGGUAGUGUCCCUCCCUCCUCCCUGGCGGUGGGGGCUGUCACAGGAGCACCGUCCCUCCCCCUCACUGGUGCCCCUGGCGGUGUGGCAGGCGGGUCUUGUCAUCCUCCUCACAGUGCCUGUACUCAUCACGAGGGAAUCAUCAUCUCAAACACCACCAAUAAUGAGAGUAAUGAGCGUCAUCACAGAAAAAAAGAUGGGGGAGGUGGUGCCGGCCGCCCCCCCCUGCGUGGUGUUCCUGGACCUGGCGUGGCCCGGCAGCGUGGCGCGGCGGGUGGUGGUGAGUCUACCCCAGGACACCCCCAGGGGCCGGCAGUUCAUGCUGCUGUGCUCGGGCCAGCGGGGCGCCUGCUACGCCAACACCAGGCUGUUUGAGGUGAUAUAUGAGGGACAGCCGGGGGAGUGUGUGGUGGGAGGAGACUACCAGACAGGUGAUGGGAGGGGAGGAGCCGCCCUGCUGCCUCACCUUGACCAGGGUGAGUACUGGCAGUCAGGCAAGGCGGGGGCUGUGUUAUGGCCGUGGCGUGAUGACCCUGCCCGUGGUGCUCAGUUCAUCAUCAUCGCCCGGGACGUGCAGCGUGGUAGUGUUUGGCCUGGUGUCUUUGGCCAGGUGGUGCGGGGCCUGGAGGUGGUGCAGGAGGCAGUCCGGCACCGCCCCAUUACUGAGGUGACUGUGGUGCAGUGUGGCGUGGUGCUGUCACGGUAGUGCUGCACCACACCACACACCACACCACACCACACCACUACCAAUAUUAUUUUUUUUGUUAUUUUUUUUAAGAGGAAAGAAGCAAACACACACACACACACACACACACACACACACACACACACACACACACACACACACACACACACACACACACACACACACACACAUCA